GCUGAAAAUAUUUGAAGGGCGUGACUUUCUGGUGAUAGCGUUUAUUUUGUCAAUUCUGUGAGAGGUUCUUCUGUGACAAUCUUCACCUGUGGCCUUGGGUUUCGAGGAAGGGAGCACCUUGAAUGUUGGUCAGUGAUGGUGCUCUCCCAGGAAACCUGAAGUUUGGAAAAUGACAGGUGACCAAAAACUUUUGGACACGUGGAGAGAUGCCACGACCCAGGCUCUGUGCAUUCAGUCUGAGACCGCCAAGGAGGGAGGGAUGACAAAGAUUCUUAAAGUCUGCUUCUGCAGCAACACCAGCAUCAACCUGGGCAAAAACUUCAAAUUAGUCAAAUGCAACUACGCAACAGAAAUCAGGGAGAUUAUUAACACAAUACUGGACAGUGGGAGAGUGGGACCCAGUAUCAUUUUUAAGAGCUGCUAUGGACUCAGAUUGAAGCAUCUGAAGUCAGAUGAAAUAUACUGGCUACACCCUGACCUUACCAUCCAUGAGGUCCUGACUAAAUAUGAGAGUCUACACCAUGAAGCUGAAUGGAGAUACGACCUGAGGAUUCGUUUCCUUCCUAAAGACAUCAUGGAGAGUUUUAAACAAGACCGAACUACUCUGUUGUGUUAUUAUCAGCAGGUUCGCAGUGACUACAUGCAGGAGGUUGCAGCUCAAGUCAAUCAGGAGACAGCCAUGAAGCUGGGCUGCCUGGAGAUCAGGAGGUUUUAUAAGGACAUGCCCCCGAAGGCACUGGAGAAGAAAUCUAAUUUUGAUUUGUUGGAAAAGGAGGUUGGUCUCGAUUUGUUCUUUCCUAAACAGCUGCAAGACAGUAUGAAGGCCAAGCAUUUGCGUAAACUUAUCCAGCAAACCUUCCUGCAGUUUAGCCAGUUCAAGGAAGAUGAAUGCAUUUCCAAGUUUUUCGAAAUCCUUCGCACUGUCACCAAUUUUGAACAAGAACAUUAUAAAUGUGAACUGGGUCAAGGAUGGAUCAUCACUGUGGAACUGGUCAUUGGACGUCAUGGAAUCGGCCAAGUGAUCAAUAAGGACGGACCUAUCACCUUGGCAGAAUUCAGCCAAAUCAAGUCGAUUAAUUUUCUCCAUUCAGAGGGUGAAAAGAAAGCUUCCCUUCAGCUCGAAAUUAAAGGAGCCCCACAGCCAUUAACAAUCACAACCUCAUCAGUGGUGAUGGCAGAGAGCAUGGCGGAUUUAAUCGAUGGUUAUUGUCGUUUGGAGAGUGAAACCACCACCUCCUUCAUAUCGAGGCCCAAGCGAGCUCAUGAACUUCCACAGCUGCCAUCACAACCCAAGUCUGAAGCGAAAAUAACUGAGGAGCCCAGAGCGAUUUUAUCAUGCAGCAGUUUCGGCUCUGAGAUCUACGCCGAAAUACCAGACACUCCUAAAUCUGCAGUUCCUCAGAACGCAGUCUCACGAGACAAUAUCGUACUGGGCCGAAUUCUGGGUGAAGGAUUCUUUGGCCAAGUUUUUGAAGGAGUUUACAAAACAGCAAGAGGUGAACACAUCUCUGUUGCAGUGAAAACCUGUAAGACUGACUGCUCACUUGAAGUAAAGGAGAAGUUCCUGGUUGAAGGAACAAUCAUGAAGCCUCUUGACCAUCCGCACGUUGUCAAACUGAUCGGAAUCAUCGAAGAGGAGCCGGCCUGGCUAAUCAUGGAGCUGUAUCCCUACGGAGAGUUGGAAAGCUACCUGGCAGCGAACAAAAACAACCUGGAAGUGCUCACCCUCAUCGAUUACUCCUUGCAGAUCUCCAAAGCUCUCGCCUACCUUGAGGGAGUGAAAGUUGUUCAUCGGGAUAUAGCAGUGAGGAAUGUUCUGGUUGCUGCUCACAAUUGUGUGAAGUUGGGAGAUUUUGGUCUCUCACGUUACAUUGAAGAGGACAAUUAUUACAAAGCAUCAGUGACACGGAUGCCGAUUAAGUGGAUGGCCCCAGAAUCCAUUAACUUCAGACGGUUUACCUCCUCGAGUGAUGUGUGGAUGUUCGGUGUGUGCAUGUGGGAAAUUCUCAGCUUUGGGAAGCAGCCUUUCUUCUGGCUGGAGAAUCGGGAUGUGAUUGGAAUCUUAGAGAGAGGAGACCGGCUUCCCAAACCAGAGAUGUGUCCACCAACACUCUACACUCUGAUGACCCGCUGCUGGACGUACGAACCACGCGAAAGGCCAAGGUUCUCAGAAAUAGUCUGUCAGUUAAGUGACAUUCACCAACUGGAAAAGGAACAGCAGAGGGAGAGGAAAUAUUGGACCCAGCGCCGUGCCACUGUCAGGAUGCCUGAUGGCCACAACACAGUGAACGAGGCUCCACCAAAGCCGGCCAGAGCAAGAGGAGUUGCCAGGAAGUCACCUCCUUUUCCCUUUCCGAAUCCAGGUCUCCAUGUACAAGUGCCCGAGUCUCUGUGUGCCAGUUCACCACACAUCCCCUGCUCUCCAAGUGAACAAACCCCUGGUGACUCCACCAAUACCUCCUUUCAGAAGCAGUUCCGACGCCUCAGUGUACGGGAAGCUGAUCUUAUUGGUGAGAUCAACAUCAAAGAGGAGGCACAGAAACUGCGGGAGAUUGAACAAGCCAAACUUCAGGAAAGGAUCAGGCAGCAACAACGAGAGAUGUUAGAGGAUAAAAAAUGGUUGGAGAAAGAAGAGAAACUUCUGGCUCCAAAUGAUAACAAGUCACAAAAUGACAGUGACCAGGAGUCUUGCUACAUUGGAGCUGAGUUCACAGUGCCACCUGAGAAACCUCCAAGGAAAAACCUGCCGCCGAUACAAGCAGCUCCCACAGCAAACCUGGAUCGCUCCGAUGAUACAAUCUAUCCUCUGGUCAUGGAACUGGUUAAGUCUGUGCUGCAUCUGAAGAACCAGGUCUACCAGCUCCCGUGUGAAGAGUACAUCAAUCUGGUGAAGACGGUGGGAGUCAACCUUCGGAAAUUGACUGGCAGUGUGGAUGAGCUGUUGCCAUCGCUACCUGCAACAUCCCGCACAGAAAUCGAGGGGACACAGAGGCUCCUGAAUAAAGACCUGGCUGAACUGAUAAACAAGAUGAAGUUGGCCCAGCAGAAUGCUGUGACCUCGCUGAGUGAUGAGUGUAAGAAGCAGAUGCUAACAGCUGCCCACACACUUGCUGUGGACUCCAAGAACCUGCUGGAUGCUGUGGAUCAGGCCAGGGUUCGGGCAGGACAAGCCAAACCAGUCCCUAACUGAUGCCAACUCCAUCAAUUCGGAGAGCAGCCCACCAGGCAGGAAUGGAGUCCUUCACUGAAGCAAGCAAGAAAUGGAUUCAUUAAAAUCCAACAUGGGAUGGGAUUCUAUCAAGGUUGGGGGAGGGUGGGGUACUGAGGACGGCAUUAAUUAAGUAAAACUGGUAACCAUUUUCCUGGGAAGCAAAAGCGCUUUUGUUUGGAAGGGUGGAGGGGGCUAUUCAUGACUUUAAUCCAAAUGAUUCCAUGUACAAGUUGGAACAGUGAUGCAUUUCCGCCUGAUCUCUGCCCAAAUUGUUAAAUAAUCACAAUAAUCCAUGGCAGAUGAUAUUUAGUGAAGGUGCUGGUGUUUUAACUAAACUCGGCACACUGAAGGACAAAAAUGCAAGUCGAGCUUGAAAUGCUAAAUUUGGGAGUGACUAAAAAAUCUGGAAAUUGUAAGACAAGAUGGAAGCUUGUAUUCUUGUGUUGUUUUUGCUCAAUGUCAUGUACUCUACUCUGUAAAUACAGAUAUUUAUAGUUUGCUGAUAGCACCAAGAGGCCUGACCGAAUGUUGCUGCCAUCUGCUCUCAUUGCCAUUAGGAAAUUAUCAUCUCCCUGUGCUUCUCUUGCCAAUAAUCAGGUGGUUGGUGGUUUAUGAGGAAUCCUUACACACCACAUUCUUCAGGGCGUGAGGAAGCACUGGUUUCCAAGAUACCAAGAGCCAGGAAAAUGGAGGCAGCUGCGAUUUGAUCCAGUCCUGUAAAUGACUGACAGUGAAUUGUUGUAUUUCUGACUGUGAGAAUACGAGGGAUUUCGAUGUGGGUUUGAAGAUGAUCUGUGAUGUUGGAAUGGAAAAUCCUGGAUCAAAGAUUGAGGCUCUCUAUGCUGUGUUUCUCAGCUUCAGGUUGGAUUAUUCCAACGUGAGAAAAUUCUCAAAGUUCUGUCUUUUCACCUGGUUCUCUGUAACGUAUCCAGCUGGUGGAAGCAGGCCACUGUGUUAUCUCACUGUAUGAGUCUGUGCCAAUAACUGUAUGACCCCUCCGGUUUCAUAUUUAACCUGGUUUGUACACCACCUCCAGCUGCUACCUCAUGUGUAGCUCACAAACAGUGCAACUGAGACCAGGCACCCAGGGAGCAUGGUGAUCUACCCUCUCAUUCACCAUUCUGCCCUCUAAGGGUUAAACCGUUGCCCAUUGCAGUUGUGUGGGGUAACAGUCUCUGACCAGUCCCUCUGAUUACAGCAGGACUGUAUUCACAGCAUUUGCCGGCCUCCCAGCUCAGCUCUCAUCACACUGGCCUUGUGUAGUUUCAGAUCCUUCAGUUCAGUCUCAUAUUCCCCAUCUCCUGGGAAAUGGUGUUUCAUUGCCAGAAGGAACAGAAUUGUCAGCUCCAGCUGAAGGUGGAGACCGAGGCUAUUUUUCAACGACAUUUUCGGGCAAGUGUGUGAGUGGGCACAUCGCCAUUGAAGCUCCCUCUCGGUGACCUGCUGUGUGCUGCAGCCUACUGCUGUUCCUAAACUGAAAGGUCUCUGGUUAAUCCAACCCCUACAACAGUCUGCAUGCUGCCGAUAUCAGACAGAGAACCCAUCUCCACAACAGGAAAGGAGGGGACCAAGCAAAAUCCCAAAUCUUGUCUGUUUCCUCUAUAUUUUGUUGGGGGGAAGGCCUGGGGCCUGGGAACAGUCCUAGCUUCUCCUGUCAAGCCCAAAUGCAAUUGCCAUUAUCAUUUCUGUCUUCUUACCUGGGACACAGUCCAACCUUCUUGUCUUAUGAGCUGCUGAAGAUUCCGGAAUUGGAACACUGUUCCUGGAGCAUGAAGAUUUGGGCUGUCACACUGACUAAUGCAAAGUCUGAAAAAUUCAACCCGACCCAGUUACUAGCUCCCAGGAAUAAACAGCCUGAGAAUUCUUGGUAGACCUGGUAGGAAACUAGUGGAAUUGUCAGGUCAACAUCUGCGACACAGUUAAACCAGACUAUUGCAAUAUCCCACAGCUCCUUAUCACACAGGAGAGCAGACAGAAUUCAUUUUCCUACAUAUUAUCCACUUUUUCCCUAAUUUACUUUUUAUUCCCUUGUGGCAUGUGGGCAUCACUGGCUGGGCCCAGCAUUUCUUGCCCGUCCCUAGUUGCCCCUUGAGAAGGUAGAGGUGAGCUGCCUUUUUGAACCGCUGUAGUCCAUGUGCUGUAGGUUGACCCACAAUGCCCUUAGGGAAGGAAUUCCCAGCAACACUGAAGGAACGGUGACCUAUUUCCAAGUCUGGAUGGUGACUGGCUUGGAGGGGAACUUGCAGGGGAUGUGUAUCUGCUGCCUUGUCCAUCUAGCUGGAGGAGUUUGUGGGUUUGGAAGGGGCUGACAGUCUAUGGUAUGUUCAUCGCAUUCAUUAACAGUUGCUUCUUUUUAUAUUAAACACAAUGAUUUCCAAUUUGAAAGUCCCAUUGUGUUGUAAAGGUAACAGAAUGUGGGGAAGCUGAGAUUUAUGUUCCUGCAGUAACCUGGGGUGACCCCUGGAGCCAACAAAGUGUGCAUGUUAACUGCUGUGUUUGACUGCAUACACACUCUUGAGAAGUAGGUCUGCAGUCGAUGCUUUGUUUCGCUGAGUUCCUGGUGCCCUGGCUUGAUGUGAUGGUGAAGAGCUGCCAAUUUGUGAGACUUGGAAACAGAAGCCUGGCCUCACCUGAGAGACCUGGAGUAGUCCGAGACCAUGCAACCUCGUGGAGGGAAGGACAGGAGUAUUUACUCUGUCUCCUUGCUAACCAUAAGAUUCCCAAUUCCAUUAGUCAAACUGGAACUCAGGAACACUGCACUUACUAUGUGCCAAUAAGCUUUGAGAUGUGAUCCCAGUUUGUAGCAUGUGGGAAGGGAGAGAGCUAGCCAGGAUUAGAGGCGGAUGGUGGGGGGGGCAAGGAAUUUCUGGUGCCAUCAACCAGUAAAUCUCUGAGGGCACACAGACCUCAAAGAAAUGACCAGGGGAGUUCUUAAGAACACACUUGUAUACAGGAAAUACAAGAUUGGGAAGGUCUUUUAGUCACACUUUAAGAAGAACAAUCACAUUUCACUCUGAUCUCACAGGAAAGGAAACAGAAACAGGAGAAUGAGCUGAGCGAUUUAUUCUGUCAGAGGUUUUCCGCAACUGAAAAUACAAAACAGACAAUGAUGUCAGGCUGACAGGCAAUAAUGUUUGAUGAUGGGCUGUGUGUGAGUGCUGGGGUCAAGUAUAACAUCAUUCAUGGAACUGUCCACUCAGCGACCCUGUGUUUUCCAUGUAUCAGUAUCACAUUAAUGAAUGUAAAUGGUUCAACAUUCACCUGAUCUGAGAUGUGACAAUGCUCUUUAGCUUCUCACUAAAAUAAAUGUUGUGUUUUUCUAAAAGCA